AUGGCUAGUUGUGAUGUGAAACCUAAAUCGAUCAGUCGUGCCAAAAAAUGGUCAGAAGAGAUAGAAAAUCUGUAUAGAUUCCAACAAGCGGGAUAUCGGGAUGAAAUUGAAUACAAACAAGUGAAGCAAGUUUCAAUGAUAGAUCGCUGGCCAGAGACAGGGUACGUGAAAAAACUUCAGCGAAGGGACAACACGUUCUAUUACUACAACAAGCAGAGGGAGUGUGAUGAUAAAGAAGUACACAAGGUGAAGAUCUAUGCAUAUUAG